AGGACUGCCCGGCUGGUGAGAAAGACGGCGGAGGACAGAUGGCCGCCAGCAGGGUCCAAGCUCCUUACCUGAGCCCGGUGGUCCCUUUUUCUGGGGCAAUCCAAGGGGGUCUCCAGGAUGGACUUCAGAUCACCGUCAAUGGCUCCGUUCUUAACUCCAGGGAAAACAGGUUUGCUGUGAACUUGCAGAUUGGCUUCAGUGACAAUGACAUUGCCUUCCACUUCAACCCUCGCUUUGAAAACGGAGGAUAUGUGGUCUGCAACACGAGGCAGAAAGGACGCUGGGGGCCAGAGGAGAGGAAGAUGCAAAUGCCCUUCCAGAAGGGGAGGCCCUUUGAGCUCUGCUUCCUGGUGCAGAGCUCGGAUUUCAAGGUGACGGUGAACGGCAGCUUCUUUGUGCAGUACUCACACCGCGUGCCCUUCCACCGCGUGGACACCAUCUCUGUGGCCGGCUCUGUGCAGCUGUCCUGCAUCACCUUCCAGAACACCCGUGCAGCCCUCGCCCAGCCUGCCUACUCCAUGCCGCUGUUCUCCCAGCCUGUCCGCUUCCCCCACAGGCCCAGGGGCCGCAAACCAAAGCCGCCGGGCCUGCGUCCUGCCUACCAAGCCCCCUUUAUUCCUACCAUCCCACCUAUGGUGUACCCCAACACGACCUAUCCGAUGCCUUUCUUCACCUCCAUCCCAGGCGGGCUGCACCCGUCCAAGUGCAUCGUCCUGUCGGGCACUGUCCUGCCCAGCGCGCAGAAGUUCCACAUCAACCUGCGCUCGGGGACUGACAUCGCCUUCCACCUGAACCCCCGUUUCGAUGAGAACGCUGUGGUCCGGAACACCCAGGUCGAUAGCUUUUGGGGGCCUGAGGAGCGAAGCCUGCCCCGAAAAAUGCCCUUCACCCGAGGCCAGAGCUUCUUGGUGUGUAUCAUGUGUGAAAGCCACUGCCUCAAGGUGGCCGUGGAUGGCCAGCACCUGUUUGAGUACUACCACCGCCUGAAGAACCUGCCGGCCAUCAACAGCCUGGAAGUGGGGGGCGACGUGCUGCUGACGCACGUGCAGACAUAGGUGGGCUCCCUGGGCCUGGGGACGAGGGCUGGAGCGAGUUGCUGCCUGAGCCUCCCCAGCACGUCCCCUUCCCAGCCCCAGCCCCACCCUCUCCACCGUGCCCAGGCCCGGGGCUGCCCUGCAGAGGCAGGUCCUUCUCUGCCCUGCUCCUGGCUGCCCCCAGCCUGGAGGGGAGACGGCGGCCAGCUGGGAUGGCCUCGCUUAGCCGGGGCAGAACCUGGGGCUCCGGCUGUCCUGAUCCUGCCGUCCAAGGAUAGGGGUGCAGGAGGAAGUGGGGUGCAGCCCCAUGUUCAGUCCCCUGGGCAGAGUCAGGGUCCUGAGCCUUCCCAAGCCCCAAGCCUGGACCUACACCCCAUCUGGCUCUCAACCACCUGCCUGUCCCCCAUGCAACUCCACCCCCAUUCCAAGCCACCAGCUGUCCACUCCUGGUGGGAAGUGACCUCCUCUGCCCCUUCCCUUCCUCUGACCUUUGACCUCACUCUCCUACCUUGUAUCAACCCUUCACUCCCUCCAGGAAAGCUACCCUGAUGACAUCCCACUGGCCCCCACCAACUGACCAGCACUUCUCUCUCAUCAGGGGGCUCUCUUCUGCCCCAGCGUCUUUCCAAUAAAGAAAUAAAAACAUGCG